UUUAAAAACACAAUAGAAACUCUCACCUAUUCUCCCUCCAAAACAAACAAAGAAAGAAAAAGCUAAUAAAAUUAGUGAAACAAAAAAGAAAAGACACAAAUUAGAAAUAGCUGGGAAUACAGCUAUAACACCAGUAGAAAAGGAUAUUGCUAAACAACAACUACUACUCCUACUACUAUUAGAUUAAAAAAUAACUUCUCACCACCAAAAAUAUAUAAAAACUAACAGCCACAACAAUAGUGAUUUUUAGUAUUCAAUAGUUAUUCUUUUGUUGUAACAAAUUAUCAAAAUGAAUGCUCGUUCACAAGUUUUCGACUUGACCAUGGAGGGUCGUCAAGUGGACGAAGCUGUGGCAAGUAUAUUCCAUACGGUGCUAUUCCAUCGCUGCCUUGGUAAAUAUAUGUACACCGGAGAUGCCCAGUACUCAAUUGGUACUGUUGGCUACACCGAUGUCGAUUGUGAUUUCAUUGACUUUACCUAUGUCUGUUGUACGUCGGACAGUCUACAGCGCACAGUGAAACGGGCCAUUAAUGUUUUCAGCGAAAAGCUGCGUUCCAACGAAGGCUGUGGCUCUGGCCAAAUAAGUUUGGAGUUUUUCAAAAAGAAAAAGUCACGUUGGCCCUUUACGCCCGAAUGCAUACCCUGGGAGGUGUGGACAAUCCAUUUGGAUUUGAUCAAACACGAAAACGAAGAUGAACGGCAAAUGUGUCGUGAGAAUGUUGCCGAUUUGCUAACGGAUAAAGUGAUCUAUAUAACGGAAAUAAUGAACAGACACGAUUAUGUACCUAAGACACCGAGUCAAAGUGAAUUGGAUUUAAUAUUUGAUACCACAUAUCCCGAUGUCCAGCCGUAUCUAUUCAAAUUUGUCUCAUCCACAUCGAAUUCGGCGGCGCCCUCAAUGGGAAAUGCCAUGAAGAAAAUGAUCAAAGAGACGCUUGCAUUGUGACGCGUUGCAAAGCCGUUACUAUUAACGCAGCAAUCUAAUUACACCCAAGGGAAGGUAACCGCACUAGGAGCAGCAAAGGACAUGCGAAAAUGUCUAUGUGAUAACAAGAAAUGUAUUAAGAAAAAGUCUCAAGUUGUUUAUAAGUUCUAUCGGGAAAUAUCUACGACAAUGGCUGAUAGCGGCGACGGCAGCAGCAACGUCGAAGACAAUGAGAAUAGUGAGGAUGGUGAUGACGACGAUGAUGGUAGUCUUGGUCCAGAUGUAAUGUGGCAGUUGCCGGACCUAUGCACCAGUAACACUGUCACCAAUACGGCCCUGAAAAAGAAACAAAUGAUUGUUUACUACAAUGCCACAAAACAGCCAUUCUAUGGGUUUCUACACGCUCUGGCCCGUGAUUUUAUGUUCAUUUGCUUCUGUCGCCAUCAUCACCAAAGACGUCUAGGUACAUUUUAAAAUUUGAAACUUCAAACUCUCAGUUAGUUAAUUUUAAAAAAUUUAGAAUUUUUUUUAACUAAUUUAAAAUUAAUAUUUUUUGUAUUUUUAAUUUAUUCAAGUGUGAUGGUGAAUGUUGAAAAAGGAAUAUGAGGAUUGAGUGAAUGUUUGAUGAUAUUGAAUGUUAUAAUAAAAAGAUAACACGGUGCUAAUUUAUAAGUCUUUCGAAUUGAUAAAGAAAAGGCUGGUUUAUUGAAAAUAAGAGCCUCAAAAUGAUUUCAAACUGAAUGUAUUUAAAAUGUUACUUUUUUUGAAAAUAUACUUAGUAUUGUUGUCGAUCCUUAGUCCCCAGUAAUAAUAAGUACAUUAUAGCACCGUGUAAUUAAUAAUAUGAAUGAAUUCUAAUUAUUAUUUAAUUUAAUUUGUGUAAAUUUCACAUUGAUGAGUACCUAUAAUUUAAGAUUUGUUUUUAAGUUUAAAAAAAUAGUAAUUUAAGUUAUUUUGUUUGUUUUAAUUCUAUAAAGGAAUAACUUAAAACAUUUGAAAACGUGAUAAUACAAAAAUCUAAAUAUAUAAAAAUAACUUUAAUCUAACUACUUGUAUGAAUUAUUCUUUUAGUUUGGGUUUUGCUCCCAUAAACUAAGCGUAAUAAAUAUACUUUCUAAGCGCAAAAUAGUAACAAAAACAAAGUAAAUAUUAAGUUACUUAUAAAACACGACAUUUUAAUUAUUACAAAAAGAAAAAAAAAAAAAAAACAGAAAAACCCAUCGUUUAGUUAGAGUUAAUUACACAUAAUGUGUAUACAACACUACCUAACAUGUAUUUCAUUUACUUUUCACUUUUCUCAAAAAGAAAACGAAAAAGAAAAUUUAAUGAAAGAAAACAGAAAAUACAAACACCAAUUAUUAUUGAAAUUGAAUGAAAAUGGACCAUUAUUUAGUCUUAGAACAACUAAUAUUUAUUAAAUUAAAACUAUUUAUAAUUUUUUUCUACUACAAAUCGCCUGCUCACAUACACCACUCUCAGACACUCACAUCCUACAAACUGCCAGUUAUUUUUAUAGUUAUGUCUUAAGUUAUGUUCUGCCAAUUUAAUUUUUUUUACAUAACCUUUUAAAGGUUUAAUUGUUUUGUAAAAAAUACAUACAUUUGUUUUUUUUGUGUAAUUCAAGAAGAAGCGUUGUUCAUUUACCUUUUUUUAUUCGUUGAUUUUUGUAAUUUUGACAAGUUUUACUAUUCAUUUCUUUUCCCUUGAAGUGUUGAAAAACAAACCAAACAUCACAUUGGAAUUUCCUUAACAGAAAUUAAUUAGGAUCUUUGAAUUUAAACCAAGUACUCCAGUUACGAACACCGAAGAGAAGCGGAAAGAUGUCCCUCAAAUUUUUAUUUAUUGGGUAUCACUUGCACAUUUUAAUUUGAAAGAGUUUAUAUUGUGUCCACACCACUAUAAUGUAUUUUCGGCCACAUCCAUGGCGUUUAAUUAUAACAGACCUUUCUUCGAAAUUACCGAAAGAUUUAUCUGGCAUACCCCAAUAAUUAUACCCUACACCACAAUGUGGUCAGGGUAUUAUGCAUUUGUAACAGUCAAAAGGAAUCGAGAUAGACCCAUAGCUACUUUUAAUUACCUUUAUAGAAUCACGUUCUGAGUCGAUUUAUGCACGUCUGUCCAUGUGUUUUUUUGUAAACAAAGUACAGGUCGAAUUUAUUGCCCCAUUCAGAUGAAAUUUUGCACAAAUAAUUUGUUUGGCCCAAGGAAGAACUCUAUUGAAUUUGGAGAUAAUCAUCAAAAUUUAGAUAUAUCUCCCAUAUAUAUCUUCGUCCGAUUUGCUUUUUAUUGUUCACCAAACGUGUAAUAUUAGCCCAAAUGGGAUGGAAUUUGGCAUUUACGACCGAAUUAAGUCUAGGAGCUAGUAUGUCAUAUUUGGUUAAAAUCGGUUCAGAUGUAGCUAUAGCUCCCAUAUAUUGUGCGUCCGAUUUGUUAUUUUUGUCCUCCGCAGCCGUAAAAUGCUCUCUGUAACAACAAUACUUGGGGAAAUAUAUCAAAUACAGCUCUGAAAUACCUUUGCUAAUUUUUACGGAGAUCGGGUCAGAUUUGGAUAUAGCUCCCAUAUAUAACUUCGUCCGAUUUGCCUUUUAUUGUACACUAAAGGUGUAAUAUUAGCCCAAAUGGGAUGGAAUUUGGCAUUUACUACCGAAUUAAGUCUAGGAGCUAGUAUGUCAAAUUUGGUUAAAAUCGGUUCAGAUAUAGCUAUACCACCCAUAUAUAUUGUGUGUCCGAUCUGUUAUUUUUGUCCUCCACAGCCGUAAUAUGCUCUCUGUAACAACAAUACUUGGGAAAUUAUAUCGAAUACAGCCUAGAAAUACCUUUGCUAAAUUUUAUGGAGAUCGCGUCAGAUUUGGAUAUAGCUCCCAUAUACAACUUCGUCCGAUUUGCCUUUUAUUGUACACUAAAGGUGUAAUAUUAGCCCAAAUGGGAUGGAAUUUGGCAUUUACGACCGAAUUAGGUCUAGAAACUAGUAUGUCAAAUUUGGUGGAGAUGGGUUGAUAUAUAACCAUAACUCCCAUAUAUAUUGUUCAUCCGAUUUGUUAUAUUUGUUCCCCACAGCUGUAUUACGCAUUUCGUAACAAUGAUAUUCGGGGAAAUAUAUCAAAUACAGCUCAGAAAUAUCUUUGACAAAUUUUAUGAAGAUCGAUUCAGCUUUGGAUAUAGCUCCCAUAUAUAUCUUUAUCCGAUUUCAAGUUAAUUGUGCACCAAAUGGGCAAUACAAG